GCCUCCUUCAUCCGCGUCCUCGUCUGCCCUCCCUCACCUCGUCCUCGCCACAAAAAUGCGUGUCGCAUCCCUCCUUACAUGCAUUGCGUUGCCUCUGCUGGCAGCUGCCCAGGCUAACUCCGGGUCGCAGCAGCAGUCUUCAUCCCAGCAACAGUCCUCAUCGCAGGCGUCGGGAUCCUCACAAGCGUCAGGCUCGCAAGCGUCCGGCUCCUCGCAGCAGUCGCAGACCGUCAUCGUGACCACAGUCACUACCGUCGUUCCUUCGACAUCAUGGGCACCGGGAAACGUCGUCACCGGCGGUCAGACAAUCACCUCCUCAUUCCCUCAUGUCACCAGUGUCAGCACGACUCAGGUGAUCUCAUCGACGUCCAUCAUUGGAGGAGGGAACAACGGUGGAAAGAGCUCUUCGACUUCGAAAGCUCCCGUAUCGACAGCGCCGUCUAGCGUCAACGGUGGCGGCACAGGUGCACCCAACGGCGCGCCGAGCCCUGGCGAGGCAGGUUCGCACGGAAUAUACGGUCCCAACGAGACGUAUAUAGCGUCGGCACUGGCUGUCUUGCCGCCUCUCCCUGGGCACGCCCUACUCACGAUGGUGGCGGGGAUGGCGAUCGGAGCGGCGAUGGUCUUUGCAUGAAGCUGGGGAUGCUGUCUGAUGAGCGAUGGAACGCUGUUUUCUCUGGGACUACAUUGCAUUCGUGGACGCUAGAUAGGUGACGAUGGACCAACUGAUAUAUAUUAUACGCGUACAGUAGCGUACUCGCUAAGACGACACAUGGAUAAUUCUCUUGCAUCAUUAGUUCUAGUUUCGCAUACGUCGAAUGAACACUCCUCUCAUAGCACUGCUCUAUGUUCGAAUUCACGACCUAAUGCCAUUUGUCGCUCUUUCCGUGCGUUUGCCUUCGGCC